UUAAUAGUCCAAUGGCAAUAACCAGUUUAACCCUUUUCUAACCCAUUCACCUAUGCUUAAUCUUAUUGUCACUAUUGUAUUUAUUGUAUCAAUACACUUGUAACGGCAAUAAUGGUGUUAAUCAUCGACAAAAAAUUAAUUGACUAAUAUUUUAUACAUUCAGUAUUAGAGGGUUUCCCUGAUAUUAUUUCCGCACUUACACUUGUUAGAGUAUUUGUUAUGAUGGUAAUGAGAACAAAUUUCAUAUUACAACUUGAUUCGUGCAUGUUAAUACUGGUAAUGAAACGGUUUGAACCAGUUUUAAUUAUUCUGCCAAGAUUAUAAUGAAAUCUGGUAAACAGAGUAAUUUGAGUAUAAAAAUGAAGAUUCCCAAAGAUUUGGUUAAGUUGUUUACUUUAACCUUUCCAGCGCGCAUUUUGAUUUGUAUUUCAUAUUUUCAAUUUGAUUCAAUAUUAACAGAAGAUAGCUUUCAGCGCCAAACAUCUUGUGAUUGUCAUCAUACGAUACCAUUGUCACAAUUAUGAUCAUCGACCAGUACUGAUAAGUCAACUGCUAAGGGUGAACCAACAAGCUAUGGUUGUUUAUCUGGACAUAUUCUUAUUGUGUAUAAAUGUGAAAUUUUGAAUCAUAGUAAUUAUGAUUAAAGUGACGUAAAAAAAACUAAUUAAUCUUUAUCUUUGCUUCAGUGCUUCACUCUGAUACUCGUUUGUUCUUUAAAUUGUAUUCUUCUAGGAAUCCCUUUUAAUACCAAUUGGCUCUCUCUCGUUAUCUUUAUAUCGAGCCACCCAUUGUGGGCUGCAAAUCUGGCUACAUAUUUAAGGAUGAAGUCUGAAGCCAGAUGAGUUCGGGUUUCACAAUCCUAGAAGUUGCCUUUUCAUUGUUUCCAGAUUUUUGCAAACUUUUUGCAUUGUCAACUAUUCACAUUGACAAAUUGCUUAACCAGUAAAGAUGACUUUAAGUGUCCGUGAGUCUUUGUCCAUCAAGCUGUCAAAUGUUUCCAACAUUUCAAAGCGUCUCCAGAAGCAACCAUGCAUUCCGUUCCGUUACUUGGUCAUCUUUUUCAUGUUUGCUGUUUCUGCAAUCAGUUUUUCCGUCAGAAAUGUGCUCAAUUUUGCUAUAUUGGCCAUGGUCAAUGAAGAGUCACCAGCAUCCAUUGACUCCAAUUCAACAAUGGUCCAAAGUGAGAUAAAAUUCAAUUGGGAUCAAAGAGAUCAAGGUUUCGUCCUCGGUGCUUACUUUUACACAUACACAUCAGCCCAGAUAAUCUCUGGUAUCCUGACAGACAAAUUCAAUGCUGUUCACUUGUUGACCGCUUCCCAGAUUAUAGCUUCAAUUUGUUCAUUCUUGUCACCAAUUCUUGCUGAAUAUGGAAUCUUCUACUUUAUUGCUAUUCGUAUGGCCCUGGGUUUAGCUCAUGGAGUCUUGUUUCCUUCAUGUUUCAUCUUGGUGGAACGUUGGUUAUCUCCUGGAGAAAUAGCUGUUGCUCAGAGUUUCAUCCAGGUUGGCUCCAAUUUUGGUAUAGUUAUUAUCAUGCCUUUAACAGCUUGGUUGUGUGAUUCGGGAUUUGUUGGUGGCUGGCCUUCAGCUUUUUACACAGUUGCCGCAGUCAAUAUCAUCUUCAUCGUCUUCUGGGUCGUUGCCAUAACACUUGACCCAUCAACCAAUCGUUGGGUAUCACCAGCUGAGAAAGAGAUGAUUGCACAUGUGAACAGCUCUAAAACAGUCAAAACAAAAAUCAAUAAAACACCAUGGAAAAGUCUGCUCACCUCUUUACCUUUAUGGUCAGUUAUGAUAAGUCGUGGUAUCAAUGGAUUAAUUUAUUACGCAAUAAACUCUAAGAUACCAGUUUACAUGGAAACCGUCCUUGGUUACAAGCUAAAGGGUAAUGGAGUCAUCAAUUCACUAUUGUAUGUGGCUAUCUGUUCAACCCAAUUGAUUACUGGUCCAGCAUCUAGAUAUGUAAUUAACAAAAAAUGGCUAACGAAAACAGUUACGAGAAAAGUUUUCGAAUCAAUCGCUUUGCUGGGCACCAGCCUAUGUAUCUUCAUUAUACCAAGUUUGGGUGAUCGAUCCGAUCUCAUUGUAAUUGUUCUUAUCCUGAGUAUGUUCUUUAUGGGCUUUACUGUUGGAGGUGAUACCCCGAUAAUUCCAGAAAUGGCUCCUCAUCUUGUUGGGACAACUUAUGGCUUUGCCAAUACGCUUGGUUGUGCUUCAGGUUUCAUUGCUCCGAUUAUAACGGCUGCAAUACUUGGUGAUCAAGUACAAUCUGCGAGUCUAUGGAAUAAGACUUUCUAUACAUUUGCUGGCCUCCAGCUCAUCGGAUUCUUUGCAUUCUUAUUUUUCGCAACAGCUGAGCCUCAACCAUGGGGAACAAUUCAAACCAAAGAAACCUCAGAUGAAAAAGAAGAAAAAUCUAGAUCAAAAGACAAAAAAACAUACGAUAUAUCUUCAAAAGUCUAAUUCUAUCUCAUUACACUGAUUCAUGACCAAUUAAAAUCAUAAUAUAAAUUUUAUGCUCAUUGAGCUUGAUCUGAGGGAUAACCCCAAGUUAGAAAUAUGUUGAAAAUCCUAAACAGGAGUUACUAUUGAACGAAAAAUCAUAGGUUAGGCUCAAAAAUCGACCAAGCAUUCGAUCAAACAUAUCAAACUCAAGACAUUCAAUGUACUCAAUGUAUUCAAUAUUCUUGUUCAGGUUUUGAACAUCUUAAUUCAAACUGUAAAUGCAAAAAAACUCGAAUAGUUAGUAUGUACGAUACUCACUUGAAAUGUCCUUCAUGUCUAUAUCAAAAUGUAAUUCAUCACCUCAACCCUAUUUCAUAAAUAAAAUUUAUUUCCCAAUGUA